GAGAGAGAGAGAGAGAGGGAGAGAACGUGCAACGGUCGAAGCAUCUAAUCAUUUUGUUCUGCACACGAGAAGAUACUCAUACCUAUCAAACACCUCUCUCUAUCUCUCUUGUAUUUUCUUUUUCUUGUUUUUUCAGGCUUUCAUUUUAUGGGCAAAAAUGAGAGAUAAAGCCGUAGAAUAAUAAAGGAGAAAGGAGCUGCCAAAUGCCUUUUCUUCCGCUUCCUUGAGCUUCAAUACAAUGGCUGGCAAUCCGUUUUCCUUCAUCAAGGAUAUUAUUGCAAUAAAGACCCCCAAGAAAUCUACAUUGGUGCUUAGGAUGAUCGUCUUCGUCUUUACAAUGGUGUGUGGCGUGUAUAUAUGCUCAAUUUGUCUAAAGCAAAUUAGCACUCACGGCAGGGCCGGAUUUCUUGAUGUCCCAGUGAUUCAAAAGCCAUGUCCAGAACCUCAAAUCGAACCAUGGGAAAUUCCUUAUGUUCACUACCCUAUACCUAAAACCUAUAGCAGGGCUGAAUGUGCAUGUAAUCCUGUUCGAUAUUUCGUCAUUUUGUCAAUUCAGAGAUCUGGAAGUGGAUGGUUUGAGACAUUGUUAAACAAUCAUACUAACAUAAGCUCCAAUGGGGAGAUUUUCUCUGUUAAAGUUAGGAGAAGUAAUAUUUCAACUAUUGUUGAAACUUUGGAUAAAAUUUAUAAUCUUGACUGGCUCAGUAGUGCCUCAAAGAACGAGUGCACAGCUGCAGUUGGCCUAAAGUGGAUGCUUAAUCAGGGUUUGAUGCAGCAUCAUGCAGAAAUAGUAGAGUACUUCAAUGCAUGGGGAGUUUCAGUUAUAUUUCUCUUUCGAAGGAAUCUUUUGCGUAGAAUGAUUUCAGUUUUGGCAAAUUUGUACGAUCGUGAUGCUAAGCUUUUAAAUGGAACCCACAAAUCUCAUGUGCAUUCACCACAUGAGGCAGAGAUACUUGCAAACUACAAGCCUAUGAUCAAUGCAACGUUGCUGAUACCCAAUCUGAAGCAAGUAGAAGAAACAACUGCCAAAGCUUUGGAGUACUUCAAGAGCACCCAGCACAUCAUUGUAUACUAUGAGGAUGUAGUAAAAAACAAUACUAAGUUGAUAGAUAUUCAAGAUUUCCUGAAGGUUCCACGUAGGCAAUUAACGAGUCGUCAGGUGAAGAUACACAAAGGAUCCAUAUCUAGUCAGAUUACGAAUUGGGAUGAUGUCCAAAAGACGCUCAAGGGGACUCAUUACGAGAGUUUCCUGCAUGCAGAUUAUCGAAAGUAAAGCAUUUGCGGCUGUGCGGGUGAUGCCAUAAUUGUUAUUUGCAGUGGAGUGAGUUGGUUGCAAAUUAAAAACAGAUAGAGCAUCCUUGAAGGCAAAGCAAUUUGAAUUCCAUAACAUCUACCAAGCUAAGAAGUUUGGCACGUGAUCAUUUGGUUACAUGAAUAGUCAACAUGCGUUCAAAGGUUGUUCCAGAUGGCCACGUUUGACUGGUAAACGCGACAUGUAGGGUCUAGACAGCCAAUUUCUUACCAAACCACGAGCCGUUUUCAAAUUCAAAAAUAAAAAUAUAAAAACUUUUCGUUGGUGGAGAUGAAGAUGAAUCCAUGAGCUUGUCAAACGGCCAAAGAGUUUCUAAUUCUUUGGAGAACGCCUCUGACUCUUUCUAUAUCUCCAGCGCUAUAUUGAUAAAAUUACCAAAUUGUAUCUCCUUCGU